GUGAAAGGGUCACAAUGGAAUAUGCAAACAGAGAGAGGGGAAAGUGUCAUUUUAGUGACAGGGAUUAGAAGACAGUUCAAACAAAUAGAAAGUACAUGUCCAUGUGCUAUCAUUGCCAGUCACACAGACUUGAGAGGAAACAAAGCGACCUAUAUGUUACCCUUCUGGAAACAGCCUAAUUUAUGAAACAUGAAGACAAACAACACAAUCCAAGCAGCGAUAGAUCUGACGGCUGGUGCCUUAGGUGGAACAGCAUGUGUCCUAGUUGGACAGCCAUUUGACACUGCCAAGGUAAAAAUGCAGACGUUCCCCAACCUGUAUAAAGGGCUCAUAGACUGUGGUGUAAAGACUUACAAACAGAUGGGCUUCCGAGGAUUCUACAAAGGAACCGGCCCAGCCCUUCUCGCCAAUAUAUCUGAGAACUCGGUUCUCUUCAUGAGCUACGGCUUCUGUCAGAGAAUUGUACGGAACGUUUCUGGUUUGGAAAAGAAUGCGCACCUAAGUAAUCUACACAAUGCAACUGCAGGCUCGAUUGCAGCGGCAUUUGCCUCUCUGGCCCUUUGUCCCACAGAGCUGGUCAAGUGUCGUCUUCAGGCCAUGCAUGAAAUGAAGCUGUCCGGCAAGAUCAUAGAGGGGCAGAACACAGUGUGGUCGGUGGUGAAGAAUAUAUUGCAUACAGAUGGGCCGCUGGGUCUCUAUCAUGGUCUGACUAGCACUCUGCUCAGAGAGGUCCCAGGAUACUUCUUCUUCUUUGGGGGAUAUGAAUUGGGUCGCUCAUUUUUUACAAAAAGUGGGGAAACAAAAGAUGAAUUAGGAGUUCUUCCUUUGAUGAUUAGUGGAGGAUUCGGUGGGAUCUCAUUAUGGUUGGUUGUAUUCCCAGUGGACUGUGUGAAAUCGCGGAUCCAAGUUCUCUCUAUGACGGGGAAACAAGCAGGAUUCAUGAAGACAUUUGCAAGCAUUUUAAGAAAUGAAGGUAUCUUUGCUCUCUAUUCCGGACUGAAGCCCACCUUAAUCCGAGCUUUCCCAGCCAACGGAGCUCUUUUUGUAGCGUACGAAUACAGCAGAAAAAUGAUGAUGCAACAGUUUGAAGAUUAAGUGCUACAGCAUUGGUUUUAGAUUAUCGACGUGACUGAAGAAGUGAAAAAUUCCGCAGGAGAUUUUGCAUUGUUAGUGUUCUAAGUGCCAUGCACUGCACUGCCAGGAUGGAGAAACUUUCAUAACUUGGCAUUCAAGGUUUAUACAUAGGAUGAUUUAUAUUAGUGGAAACUAUUUUAAAUAAUUACAAGAAUAUGAGAGUAUUUUGUAAUAAAUCUUUCCUUUACAUACA